UUUCACACAGGUAGGAUUGAAACGGAAAUCAGUUUCAGUAGGAAAGAGUUAGAAGUGAACAAAGCAAACACAGUUGAAUGUAGCAGCACUUCUGUGGCUACAUACAAUCAAGAAUUCAUGGCCAGGAAAUCUCAAAUCAGCCAGACUGAACCUCAAGCAUCAGGCUCAUCAAAGUUCUACAAAGUGGUGGUUGUGUGUCUGGCAUUGCUGUUUGGUGUUCUGCUGGCUGGUCUGAUAGCUCUAGCAUUCAAGUACAGAACAGACACUGUCCAGUUAAAGACUGACUAUGGCCGGUGUAUUGAUGAUCAGGAUUAUCUGAGCAGACGUUACUACAAUCUGACUAUUGAGAGAGAUCAGCUGCAGGCUAGUGAACAAAUCCAAAUGACAAAAGUUCAGACUUUAGAAAAACUUCUACUAAUUGGAUGCGUGACAGGAAGGAGCAACUUUUCCUCUCAUCUUUAUUGUGUCUCUGCUACGAUGUUGAUGUGGAAUGAGAGCAGACAGAGCUGUGCUGAGAAUGGAGCUUAUCUUGUGAUCGUAAAUAGCCCAGAGGAACAGGAACUCAUCUCUAAUUUCCAAAUGAAUGUGUGGAUCGGCCUCUUUGAAAAUGUUACUGAGGGAGUGUGGAAAUGGGUGGACAACACUGAAGUAAUCAAAAAACCAAACUUGGAGUUUCUUAUGACGACCCUGAAGCUACCUGUUUUGAGAUAUGGAGAUAUGGCAAAGCCAAGUGACUUUUUUUGA